AUGUUUGGAUUACGUUCGUUAGUUCGUAAUGCCAUUACUUCAGGAUGUAAUAUAAAUCAUCAACAAACAAGAAACACAUUUAUUCUUAAAAGAAAAACAGCGGUGCCUCUGCAUAAGAAGGGUGGGCAGCCGAUAAAACUGAAAGGACGGCAUUUUGUAUACGACCUUGUUGAAGAUACAAAUGUUAAGAGAAAACCUGAUGUAAAAGUAAUCCUUAACCAGUUCAUUGAUGGUGUUGGGAAUAAAGGUCAAGUUCUAACACUCCGACCUCACCAAGCCUACAAUGAGUAUCUGGUGCCUGGAUUAGCUGUUUAUGCGAGCCCACAGAAUGUAGAAAAGUACAAUGCUAAAGAAGAGAAGUCUACUACUGAAAGUAAUUACAGCUCACCUUAUGUACACAGGACUAUUGGCUGUUUGUCGCGUGUGGUAUUACAAAUUACAAUGAGCAAAAUAGAGCCCUGGGUUUUGGAGCCUUGGCACAUCAGUACUUCUUUUAGAAAGUCUGGUUUUAUGGUCCCUGAACAUGUUAUUGAGAUGCCCCCUGCUCAAAUCAAGGGACCUGACCUAAGCUUACAGGAUAAGGAAUUUUAUGUGACUGUAAAGAUCAAUAAUACAGAAAAAGUAAAUGUAAGAUGUAGGAUUCAUCAUUGGGCCACUGGAAUGGAGAGGCUACCAUGGGAGGAGUUCCAUUGGAAGAAACCUAAGGAAGCACUAUUCCCUGAACAAGCUGCAGAACUGGAGAAAAUUCCUUUGCCUCAAUAA